AUGCCAGUGUCAACCGAACCUUUGAGGCUCUCUUGUGGGCAUGAGGCCCAGGGUACCUCUAAGUUGGGUUUCUUGGCGCUUUGCGUUCGCUUGUUAGACAUCCGGGAUCGGAUCUCAAGGUAUGCUUUCCUAUUCGAGGAGGUGCAUCAGAGUGGUAACACGAUCGAUAGGUUGAUACAGAAGAUCAUACGCCACCAUAAACAUCUCUCAGACUACCUUCCAAAGCUUCAAACUCUGGAACAUGAACUUGAAGCCCUGCGGCUUUCUCUUCCUCUUGGUUCUAUUUUCACCACAAAGAACGUGUUUCUUCGUGCCUACACACCUGAGCGCACCAUGUUUGUCAUGUUUCAUGUCUGGUGGCAUCAAUGUCAUUGCGAUCUUUACCGGUUCACCAUCCCCGGAUUCAGAGAAGCCCUCCCGGCAGAUGAACUUGAAGCUCUUCCUAAGGUAUUUUCGUCAUAUUGCCGAAAGAAAUGUCUAGAACAUGCUCUUGGGGUUUCCAAGGUUAUCUCCUGUGUGAUUGAGUUAGGGGAAGACAUAUUCAUCACUGAUCCUAGCAUUGCUAUAUGCUCAUUUCACUCCGCACGGAUUUUGUUCCACUUAGGACAACCAGAGCUCGAAAAUUUACCAGCAUCGGAGCUCCUUGCCAAUCUGACAACGUGCUCGAAGAUCCUUGAUCUUCAAGCAGGGAUUUAUCCAACCACUAAACUCCUCCAGAGUGGCAUUCAGGACUUAAUCCACGAUCCACGGCCUAAUUCGGGCAGAUCUAGCCCGCUGCGCUCAUCGUGGGAGGCAAAACAAUCGAGUGAUGAGAGAGAGUCGUCACGAUUACAGGCAGGAAAGAGCUCCGAGUCCCAUGAUAUUUGCUCGAAGUAUAGUAUUGCUGAAGAAAUUCGGAGUCUGAAGUUCCCAGCCGAAGAAUACGGCCUGUUACCUAGUUUCGUCGUCGAAUCCGAACGGCUUCAAGGACUCGAUCGGAAUGAUAGGAAUGAUAGCGAGCAUUUUCUGGGGACCAUGACUCAACCAGACGAAGACAAUAUGUCUCUAGGACUUAGUUCUCGUGUAGAGUCCACCUUACCCAUCCCAGAUACUCAAUGUCCUACAUUUUCACCUAGAUUUGGUGCUUGGUAUGGGACGGAGGAUGAUGGAUUGUCGAUGAUGUUGGGGUUGGAUCUAGAUCGGGGCCUGGCACAACCUGACAUUUUCUUGGACGCGUUCUUCCCACCAGAAAAUGUCUAG